AUGCCCCAUGCAGAGGCACCCAACACUCAAAUAACAUCAGGAGAACAAUUCUUCGUUAAUGAUGGACCUUUGACCCCCGACCAAUAUGGUGUUUUGCGGGCGACAACGCUGGAUACUCCGAUCGAAGAAGCUCGGAGGCGGUUUCAAGACGACGGAUACCUCUUCAUAAAAGGCCUAUUACCAAGAAGGGAUGUCCUCAGGGCCAGAGAGGAAUAUUUCAAACUUUUGUCCCCCAGCGGUGUUCUCAGACCUGGCACCAAGCCCGUUGAUGGCAUCUUCGACGAGACCAAAGACAAGCUCGAUUUCCCCGGAAUUGGAGCAGGGUUUGCAGAUUCCAACGGGCGCCCCACUGGGCCGCAUCCCGAAGUGGCUACAUUGUUUGUUGACCUAGCUCUUCAGGCGCAUACUGAGGAUUGGUACAAAGAGGAUUUUUGCAAACAUCCAGCAUUGCGCGACUAUGUUGCGAAGCUUACAGGUUGGGGUGAUGAUACAUUGGGAAUCAGAAGGACGCUCCUACGGAACAAUACUCCAGGAAACAAGGCAAUUGGAGUACACUAUGACCAGAUUUUCUUGAGACAUGGGGAGGACACUGCAGUCACUGCCUGGGUACCGAUGGGAGAUAUCUCAAGGCAGGGUGGCGGCUUGAUUUAUCUCGACAAGGGCCACACCCUUGGUGCCGAGAUUGAACAUAACUUCACCACCAAAGCCAAGGCUUCAGGAUUGACGGAUGAAGAAGCAAAGAGUGCUUUCAACCAGAAUAUGAUGGGUGGAGGCCUGCUGGCAGAUGGCCCUGCGGAAUUUGGGAAGCAGUGGAACCGUCGUUGGCUGCUUACGGCAUACGAGGCUGGUGAUGUCGUGCUUCACAACGCAUAUGCUAUCCAUGCCUCGACCAUCAAUCACGAUCCAGAAAACAGGAUUCGACUGGGCACAGACCUAAGGUUUGUCAAUAAGUCUCGUCCAUGGGAUACCCGAUGGGCGAACGAUUAUGCUUUUGGAGACGGUGUUUAA